GUCUCCACCCCUGGCCAGGAGAGGGCGGCCCACCUCUGCGGCCCAUCUUGUGCCUGCUGUCUGUGGCUGCUUCUGAGGGCCGGGAGGCCCCCAGCUCAGCAUUGGGGACAGCGCCUUAGGAGAGCCGCACUGCAGCCUCAGCGCCCCACCUCCAUCCAGAGCAAGGAGCUGACAAGGGGCCUCUGAGCCCACCCUGCCCCUGUACCAAGCCCCAGGUGGGCAUGGACUGGCAGUCCUGAGCAGCCAGAGCUGAUGCCCGGCCCCCAGGGGGGCGGAGGAGCCCCCACCAUGAGCCUGGGCAAGCUGUCACCCAUGGGCUGGGUGUCCAGCUCGCAUGGGAAGAGGCGGCUGACUGCAGACAUGAUCAGCCCCCCGCUCGGGGACUUUCGCCACACCAUGCAUGUGGGCCGCGGCGGGGAUGUCUUCGGGGACACCUCCUUCCUCAGCAACCAUGGUGGCAGCUCCGGAGGCACCCACCGCUCGCCCCGCAGCUUCCUGGCCAGGAAACUGCAGCAGGUGCGGAGGGUCGGGGUGCCGUCCCGGAGGAUGGCCUCACCCCCCGCCCCCUCGCCGGCGCCACCUGCCGUCUCGCCCAUCAUCAAGAACGCCAUCUCCUUGCCCCAGCUCAACCAGGCUGCCUAUGACAGCCUGGUGGUGGGCAAGCUCGGCUUCGACAGCAGCCCCGCCAGCUCCGCAGACGGACGCUCCGCUUACGGCCUGGACUCUGGGUUCUGCACCAUCUCCCACCUGCCCCGCCUGGAAAAGCCCAGUGAGCGGGACCGGGACGCUUCCUUCCCCUGUGAGCCGGAGCUGCGCCGCUCUGAUUCGCUUUUGUCCUUCCGCCUUGACCUUGACCUCGGGCCCUCACUCCUCAGCGAGCUACUGGGGGUCAUGAGCCUCUCAGAAGGCCCUGCAGCUGAGACCCCAGACUCUGCUGCGAAUUCCCUGACAGCUGCCACAAACCCCCCAACCCCUAUAACAAAUCCCCCAGCCCCUGCAGCAAAUCCCCCAGCCCCUGCAGCAAACCCCCGAGCCCCUGCAGCAAGCCCCCGGGCCCCUACUAGGCCUCCACCCCAUGGACAUUUCCCCAAUGGGGUAUCGGCUGGGUUGGGCCCAGGAGCUGAGGUGAGGGCAGGCCUGGUGGGAGAGGGUCCCCGAGCACCGGCAGACACGGCCUUCAGUAGGCACUGGGGAGCCAGUUGGAGUGGAGCCCAGCAUACCCACCACUCCUCAGAGGUGGAGACCCAGUGGAAGCCCAAGGAGGUGCUGCCUGAGGCCCAGGGCUCCUGGGAGAGCCUGAAGGAAGAGUGGAGGGCGCCCCGGGCAGGUGACAGGACCCCAGUGCCCAGCACGGUCCAGGCCAACACCUUCGAGUUUGCCGAUGCUGAGGACGAUGAGGUGAAGGUGUAAGGGAGUCGGGCUUGGGCACAGGACCUGCCAGAUGAGAUGGGGACAGCCACGUGUCCCCAACCCCCUGCUCACCUCUGCAGGGUAGACAUGGGAGGGGAGAUGGGGCAGGGGCCUUGUCCUGGUCCCGGGAGCCUUGCUGAGCAGACCCGCUGACUCGGCCCCAUCCAUGCCACCCCUACCGGCUGGAGGGCCAGCCUCACAGUCUGGCCUUUGUGCCCGAGGAAGCUGCCCUUGGGGGUGGGGGUGGGGGUGGGGACCUGACCACACAGGGCCAUUGUCUUCUCUCCCAGCCGGAUGCCUGCCCCCAGCUCCUCUGGGGCUCCCCCAGAAGGUUCCCCGCCAUGUCCCUGAGCCGCACCCGACUGCCUCCCCAGCACUUCCACAGGUCCCCGAAGUCUCACAGAAAGGUCAGGUGUGACCUUGUGGGAGGAACUGCGCCCUCCUGUUUCCCCAGACCUGCCUCUGGGCUUCAUUAAAGAAGGCUUUUUUGGUAAAA